AAUGAAAGACAGCAGGUGUUGACCACAAACGUUUUCAUAGACCAGACCUGGACUGACCCGGCACUGUCCUGGGACCCAGUGGAGUACAAAAAUGUCAGGUCACUCAGGAUUCCAGCUGACCAGAUCUGGAAGCCUGACACGUUCAUAUAUAACAAUGCAGACAAUGGAUCCACUGGAUUUAUCCAUGGAGCUUACAUCCAAAUCCGUCACACUGGAGAAGUAAACUGGCCUGUCCCAGUUAGACUAAGGAGCUCUUGUGUUGUGAAAAUCACUUAUUUUCCAUUUGAUUACCAGUUUUGUAUGGUUAGAUUUGGGUCUUGGAUCUACAGUCACAAGCUGGUUGAUUACAGUGUGCGUAAAGAUGUUGUCAAUGUUGAUCUAUCAACCUAUAUCAAAAACAGUGAGUGGGACCUCUUGUCCAUGAAGUUAGAAAAGAGUGUAGCGAACAGGUCUAGGGGACUUGGUCUACAUCCACACAUAACAGCCAUUCUCUACCUAAAGCGCAACACCUUUUACUAUCUCUUCAACAUCAUCGUGCCCUGUGUAAUGCUAUCCAUGUUGACCCUCAUGACCUUUUGGCUGUCUCCGACCUCUGGAGAGAAGGUCACACUGGGUCUCUCUGUCUUCCUGGCUUUCUCCAUGUUCAUGUUGCUGAUAGCUGAGGAGGUCCCUGCAUCUUCUGAUGCUGUCCCUUUGAUUGGCAUCUACCUCUGUGUUGUCAUGACGAUGACCUCACUCUCUGUGAUCUGUGCCGUGCUGGUCACCAACCUACACAACAGGGGGUCAAAGCUGAGACCUGCCCCCAGGUGGCUAGCCAGCUUGUGCAUCAAGUACCUGGCCCUUCCUUUCAGAGUCAGCCAGGACAUUCAGCUUCUUGCCACAACAAUUUAUCUGUCGGACUAUUGUAAAUACUUCAUCCUACACGACAGUAGGUGCACAGUAAGUGGCAGCAGUGAGGGUGAUGAGGACACCAGCACACCCCAUCAACCAAACGACUCUGUACGUUAUCCUGCGUAUCAUCAAAGCACAACCAGAAACUUGCGUCCGUACUCAUACACACAGAAUCUCCGAGACUCACGUCUGCUGUACCACAACAGACGGGGUGUGUUACACGAGUCAACCCCGGAGGAGGAUGAAAACAUUGAGGUCAACGACCCCCAGUCUAGUUCACCUCUGCUAAAGAAGGUGCCAAAUUCACCGGCCCCUAGACUGUACACACAAUCCAGCCCACAAGAUCCCAGCUCCAUGCUGACCUUCUGCAGCGGAGACUGCGAUCAACAGGAAACGGCUUUAGAUGCGUACAGUCUAGGGUCAUCCACUGCCAACGACCUUUUACUUACAGACAUGUCGCAGAAUAAAUCCUUCACCUCUGAUCUUCAGACGCCAUCCUCUCAGUCUUCAUUACAUGCAGACAGCUUUUUCAAAACAAUGAGCGACCACAGCAUGCCCCAGCAUGCAGCUCACUUCAACCAAUCAACAGACAGUUGUGAGACAGACGAAGAGGAUGUCUGGGUUUUACGAGAAGACUUUAUUCCAGACCAGGAACACACAACGCAGACAGCGUGCAAAUGUCAACACAAAGACGACCCACUGGAAAAGAUCAUCAAUCAGUCCCCUAAAACAAACCUAAACCCCAUUCUUUCUUCCAGGAACACCAGCCCUGCUCGUCACCCACGCAAAAGACAAUACGCCUACGAACAAAAGCGGGAAGAUACACAUAAAGAAAACCCCCGUAUUGUUUUAAAAAGAGCUCGGAUAAUGAUCGCCGAGUGGUGUACCAUAGCUAAAGUUGUGGAUAGGUGUUUGUUUCUGUUGUCUUUUGUAGCCACUGUCCUUGCAUACGUCUUCCUCCUCAUUGUGAUCCCAGCAGAGUAUGAUAUUAAACGAGAAAAUGUGACAUUCGCCAACUCUAUAAACACAGGGCAGUACAGGUGGAAUUAAAACUUGUUGGAUGUAUAUUUUAUCUCUCAUUCUAAGUCUAGUUAUAAAAAUCUCUUUUUGCCAAACAUGUAAAGUUUGUUUUUAAAAUCAUUUUUACUACUGUCAAUGUUAAGAAUUUUAUUGAGAAAAAUUAAAAUACAAUGAUGUAAA